AUGACAAACAACACAAUGGUGACAGAAUUCACCUUACUGGGCAUCCCUGAGACAGACGGCCUGGAGGAUGUCCUGCUCUUCCUGUUCUCAACGUUCUAUGCCUGUGCCCUCCUGGGAAACCUGCUCAUUCUUACUGCAGUCAUCUCCUCCCCAAGACUCCACACGCCCAUGUACUUUUUCUUGGGCAACCUCUCCAUCUUUGACUUGGGUUUCUGUUCCACAACAGCUCCCAAGAUGUUGUCUUAUCUUUCAGGACAGGGUGGAGGGAUCUCUUUCCAGGGCUGUGUUGUACAACACUUUUUCUAUCAUUGUCUGGGCUGCACAUUGUGCUUCCUGUACACAGUGAUGGCCUAUGACCGCGUUGUUGCCAUAUGCUUCCCUCUGAGAUACACAGUCAUCAUGAACCACAGACUGUGCUGUGCCUUGGCCACAGGGACCUGGAUGAGUGGCUGUGUGCAUGCCACUAUCCUAACUUCCCUCACUUUCCAGUUGCCCUACUGUGGCCCCAGUGAAGUGGAUUAUUACUUCUGUGACAUGCCUGCAGUGUUACUUCUGGCCUGUGGGGACUCCUCUGCAGCACAGAGAGUAGGCUUUACAAAUGUUGGCCUUUUAUCUCUCAUUUGUUUCUUUCUAAUUGUUGUGUCCUACACUCGGAUUGGGAUCUCCAUCUUAAAAAUCCGUUCAACAAAAGGCAGGCAGAGAGCAUUCUCCACCUGCAGUGCCCACCUCACAUCCAUCAUCUGUGUUUACGGACCUAUCAUCAUCAUUUAUCUACAGCCCAGUCCCAGCCCACUGUUCAGUGCAAUUAUUCAGAUUUUGAACAAUCUUGUGACACCCACCCUCAACCCAUUGAUCUACAGCCUGAGAAAUAAGGAUGUGAAAAUAGCCUUGAGGCAUGUGUUUCUUAAGAGAUGUCUCAGUCUGGAAAGUAAAUGAAAAG